CCUGUGCGGGACAAACUCGGUCCGCUGGAUUGUGCGCUAUCGCACGGCAAGCGAGCGACCGGCGUAGUUUUCGGCCGGCGCGCCGUUGUUUAACUUGUACGCCAUGGCGCUACCGGAUCACCAAUGCCUCCUCCUCCUCCUCGUCGCCGCCAUGACGGCGUUCUGUGCAGCCGGCAGCUCCAAGGACAUCACCGGGGGAUACUUUGAGUACGACUGCCCCGUGAACACAGGGCCGUCCACCACCAGAGGCACCGCGUUCGAUGACAACCUGAGGUCGCUCAUGGCGGCCCUCCCGUCGGCGGCCGCGCCGACGGGCUUCGCCUCCCUCCGGUCCGGCCGUGGCCACGCGUUCGCCACGGCCCGGGGCCUCUGCUUCGGCGACUCGCCGCCGCCGGAGUCCUGCCGCGACUGCCUGUCCCAGUCCGCCGGGAUAGUCCUCGACGCCUGCGACGGCAACCGGAGCGCCGCCGUGUGGACCGACGGGUGCUUCCUGGCCUACACCGACGGCAACGCCACAGCCGCAGAGGCCAACGACGUCUUCUACGGAGCGUCCCCUUCGUCCAACGACGUCUCCUGCGACGCGGAGGAGGUCGUCCCCCUGGCGCGGUCCCUGGUGCCACGCGCCGCCAACGACAGCUCCGGGCGGAUGCUAGCCACGGCCAACACGACCUGCCAGACCAACGGCGGCAGCGACACGGUGCACGCGCUGGCGCAGUGCCCGAGGGACGUUGCUCCGGCGGACUGCGCCCUCUGCCUGGACAAGUCGGCGCGGACCUUGCCGGACAGCCUCCAAUGGUCCCGAGGCAUUCCGGUCAGCGCGUCGUCGCUGCACCGCUACAACUGCACCAUGCGCUUCGAGAGAUCCCCUCUGGCGCCACCCAUGGGAAGAGGAGCAAGGAUCCGGAAGAAGGUAAAAGAUAACAUUGUCGUCGUGAUAGUUGGUGCCGUCGCAAUCGUGGCCAUGAUCAGCGUUGCAGCUUUUGUACUGGUCAAGCGAAAGGUCAACAAGGCUCAAGCUGCUCGACAACUGAACAGCGAGGUAGGACAUAUAUGAAGGCUCCAUGUUACUGCACCAGCAAGGGAAGACUGCAAUAAAAGCUCUUCUUGUGGUUUAAAAAAUAGAACAAAUAAAUGUGAGCUGCAUUGGAGCUGGUGGAGAGCUCUGUUCAUUUCAUGGAAACCCUUCUGCUCAUCGGGCCUAAAUUGUUUCUGUGUUGAUUAUUUGCUUUGUACGAUCAUUUGCGCUAUAUAUGUUUUACAAGGUUUU